UAUCUAUUUGACGAUUAGACCGUUUGAAUUGGUUUUGGAAAAUUCUCUACCAGAGGCAAUUUAAUGACUAGGGCGUUAAGUUGAUUUAGGAGAUGCUGAACCACCCUCCAUCCCUUCUACAAGUGGCUAGAGAAGCCGAGAGGUGUCCACACACCCUAAUGAUCAUACUACACCCAGGAGUCUUCGCAACUCUAUUCUCGCAAAUGGGCGGAAAAAAGCGCUUCUACAACGCUUCCAACGACAAGCAUUUCAAGCCAGCAGUUCUGGCAACUCACGCUCGUCACGCUACCUGCAGACUAGCAUUACCAGCCAAGUCCCGUCCGUUCUAGUUCCUAUUCUUCCCCAGGAUGUGGUGAUACCGUCGCGCGAGGUGUCGCCCUUACCCGGACACGCCAUCACACUACCAAACUUUUCACCUUUAUAGUUAAAUACCCGG